AUGCCGGAGAGGUUCGAGGCCUGCCCUCUGGUGGGAACACCACAGUACCCCAAUGCCGUCGCCUGGUCCGAUGAGAACUUAGUUGCCGCUGCCUCGGGUCAAAUUGUCACGAUUAUGAGACCGGCAGCUUCUUUUGGCUCACCUCGGGGAACUGUUACAUUGUCUCCCACCAAGCCUUUUCCAAUUGGAGUGAUCAAUCGAGAAGAUUUACGUUCUCCAUGCUUAUUACCCAUUUGUUUGUCUCGCGAUGUUAAACCUUGUGUUCGGUCAAUUUCCUGGUCUCCCAUUGGAUUUGCUCCUAAUGCAGGUUGUUUGCUUGCUGUUUGCACCACUGAAGGACGUGUUACAAUCUACCGAAUGCCUUACUGCGAGUAUGCUAAAGAGUGGAUACAGGUGAUGGAUAUUUCUGACAUGCUUUAUGCUUAUCUUGCAAGUGUCAAUUUUUUUGAGGAACCUACGUGUUUAUCAAGGAUGGCAGAGCUCCAGGAUUCCACUAAAAGAACUCAGGGAGAUCAACGUUGUGCUGAAAUUCAGCCAACAACUGACUCAGAACAGAGAAAAAGACCAAGAAGACAGAAGAGAUCAACUUUAGUGGUAGUUGAGAUUGAAACCCAGAAGCUAAACGAGGAUGAAGAACCUGGCAUGUUUUCUGUCCCUGAUUCUGGGAAAAAGGAACCUAAACAAUCACAAGAAACCUGUAGUCCAGACCUGAUAAGUGCUGAGCAAUAUGCAUCUCGCAGUAGAUUGUUGUCAUCACUUAUUGUAGCCUGGUCCCCCAUUUUGCCGUUGACUUCUGGGAUUGAAGAAACUAACAGCAUACAGAAAAGCUCUUUGCUCGCAGUUGGAGGGAAAUCUGGCAGAAUAUCGUUCUGGAGAUUUGAUCAACCAACUAGCUAUUCUAUCUUGAAUGGUGGGGAAGCUUUUUCUGCUUUGCUUAUUGGACUUCUUCAGGCACACGAUUUUGAUAUAACUGCUCUUAGUUGGGAAAUAUUUGUUGAUGGUGAUGCUGCCAACCCCUUGCUUCUCCUAGCUUCCGGGAGUACUAAUGGCUGUGUUAAAAUCUGGAAGGCAUAUGCCAGUGAAGUGAUGAAGUCAUCAGAAGCAUACUUCUUACCGUUGUAUCUGCUGAACGAGGUGUUAACUAUGGACUGUGGCAUAGUUUCUGUGUUAUCUCUUUUUUUGCCUCGGGAAUCUCCUGGAGAAAUGGUCCUUGCCAUUGGCCAAGGAUCUGGAUUAUUGGAAAUCUGGAUUGGGAAUUUAAAUUCUAGUAAAUUUGAGAGAGAAGGCUAUUCUGAGGCUCAUAAUCAUAUUCUUAUGGGAUUAGCUUGGGGAUUUGGUGGAAAAUGUUUGUACAGCUGCAGUCAGGACGGCAGUAUCCGGAGCUGGAUUUUAAGUGAAAGUAUCUUACGUGAAGUACCUUUUCCAUCAAAUAUUCCUGGAAUCAGAAGCCCGUCUAAUUUAUCGGUUCCAUGUGAUUAUGAUUUAUGCUUUGGUCUGGCAAUAUCCCCUGGAAAUUUAACAUUAGCUGUGGCCCACAGUUUUGACAGUGGUCUGUUAAACCCGAUGUAUGAGGCGAGGAUCCAAAAAGCUGUGGUGGAAUAUCUUUGGAUUGGAGGGCAGCAGCUGGACCUUACUGUCUGUAUUGACGAGAGAAUUGAAGACGAAGCAAUUCCCGAUUUUCCUACGAGAGAGCUAAUAAGUUGGGAACAAAAUUUGUUGUGGUCCUUUAAACAGCAUGAACAUGGGAAUAAGCCAUUAGUUAUUUGGGACAUUGUCGCUUCAAUGUUGGCCCUAAGACAGUGUGUUCCCAACCAUGUGGUCAAUAUAAUAAUUCAAUGGCUGAGAUCUUUGUUUGGAUCCAUGUUUGAAGUUUCCCCUGCAUUCUUAUUUGAGACCUCUAAGCGUCUCUCAAAUAUCACAUCCCGUCAGUUACAACUGCUCAAUGUCAUUGGUAGGCGUGUAUUUAUUAGAGAACCAGAGUUAGAUAAAACCAUUAGCAAAGGGCAAGGUGUAAAAGAAUUGGGUAGUGUUGAAGAGGAGCAAAAUUUUUGGUUGAGGCUGGUUGGUGACAGUGAAAGGGAGAUUCGAGAAAGGCUCUUUGCUGUGAACUGUUUAGCCAUUUUAAGAAGUGAUUCUUUCUUCUCCAACAAAUUUGUCAAUGAUAGAAGCCAGACUCCUGUGGGAUUAAGCCAGAUGAUGUGGUGGGUUUCAUUGAAUCAAGAUGACUUGAAGGAUCGUGUUAAAUCUCUUGCAGCAGAAAUUGGAAAUGGCAAGACGAGAUUGUCAUCUACCUGCGAACGAGUUGAUGAAGAGAGGUGCAUUUUCUGUUCGGCGUCUGUUCCAUUUGAAUCUACAGAAGUUGCGUUUUGCCAAGGAGUGAAAGAUGGUAGCGGAGGAGACGAUCAGGUACACAAACUAGCAAGGUGUGCUGUUUCUAUGAAGGUCGUCUCCCCAAUGACUCCAACCUGGUUUUGCAUUUGCUGUCACAGAAAGUCUGAGCAUAUCCCUCCUCCUCUGCUUUUCUUGCUGUCCAGCUUUCCUUUUGAUUUAUCAGACGUUUCCCAAGUUUGCAGUUCAAAAGAAUCUGCAAAACCUUUGUGCCCAUUUUGUGGUAUAUUGUUGCAAAGACCGCAAAAUAAAUUUCAUCUCUCUCCUUGCCCUGUUUGA